UUGCAGAUUUGUGUAUCUGGAACAGUAUUCUAAUGUUUUUGUUUUACUUUUGACUCAAUUGUUCGCUCUGUACUGUGCUUUAUUUAGUGUAGAACUAGCAAGUACAGAUCUAGAAAACAGCUGUUCAUCUUUUCUCUGAGACAGUGUCCACUAUUUACCGUACUAUACCUUGGCUGUGAUAAUAUGGAGCCAGUGUUUGGCCAGAAUGCAAAUGCCGCUGUGGGCGAGAUUGAGAUUGAAAACAUCGAUUCGCUGUGUCGCGUUUGCUCGGGUCCUGGAUCGCACAGUAUUUUUGCUCGCAUUCCUGCCUACUGCCACGAGCAUUACCGCGAGUUCGCCCGGUGGAAGCAACCGAUUCAUACGCUAAUUUCAGAAGUAACGGGCAUCGAGAUCACAGAGACUGACGGGCUGCCGAAGAAGAUUUGCGUCUUGUGCAUCUCGUACCUUAAACAUGCGUUCACCUUCCGUCGGCAGACGAUCGACAACAUGACCGGACUAUUGGCUGCCAAGUAUUUGUCGGACAAUCGUUCGAUGAUAAAGAAGAAACUGUUGAACGAGGACGACGGUAGCGAUGAAAAUGCAACACAAAGGGAUGAAAUCAUCCCGACCGGCGACGGUGGCUCGUAUCGAUCGGUGAAUUUUGCAGCCACUGCAAACAACAGAAACGCAGUGAAGCAGACAAAAAAGGUGGCCGUAAUGCACCGGUUCGUGGCAAACUCGAAGCCUCCGAACAAUAACGUGGAGGAAGAUCUAGAUAUUCUGCUAGGCGAGUUGGAUGAACCGAGCGGGUUGUUCGGGUAUCGAGAGAAGGCGUUCGUCGAGGACGACGUGAUGGAUUUGAAUGGUCUGGAUGGGCACGGCAUUACAUUCACGCUGCCCGAGGACUACAAGGAGAAGAAAUGCUUUGCCUGCCGGAAGCGAUUCAUGUUUACCGAGACUUACUCCCAGCAUCUUACCGAAUGUCUGCUGUACAAGCUGGCGGAAUCGAUCCGCUCGCUGCAUCAUAUAAUGUUCCUUCGCGAGCAGGGCGCCAUUUCGGCGUUCGAGUUUAUCCGCCGGGGUGUUUUCACCAUCCGCAAAAGCUACCAAUUGGUGCUCACAUACGACGGAGAACUGGACGGGGUGGAUACGAGCGAAGCGGCGGUAGGGGUUGAUGAAACGAACGGGACAAAUUUCAAAUCUCACUCGCAAAGCUCAUCCCCUGAGGAGGACCCGGUUGUUGAUCGUUUCUUACAAGCACGAACCUACGGGCGGAUUGAGCUUGAUUCGUUCAGUGACGGUGGUUCGUCCGGCUCUCCUAAAGCUAAAGCAUUACCACAGCUCUCCCGGCUAGCCGGUAGUAUGAAUAAUAAUACUGUCCCUCCAUUGGUGACACCUUUCCUGCAGAACCAACAUCGGUCCACCCAUCAACCACUGGGGCCGACGUUCGUUACCUCAAUGGGUAGCCACUCGAAUGUGGACAUUAUCAAAAACCGCCUCACCAAAACCGAAGCCGAAGAAGUGAACGAAAGCAACGAUCGAUACAAGACGAUCAAAUGCAAGCAGUGUGAUGCACGGUUCUUUACGAUCUCGCAUCUGGACGAACAUACGAUAAAGGUCCACCAGCGGCCGGUAACAAGGAAUAACCGUAUUGGCUUGUGAUAGCAAGAAGGAAACUUACUCACGAUGAGCUGAUAUCGCAAGACAAUUUUAGGAUUCUUGCCGAAAAAGACUUCUCAAUCCAACACUUGAUAAAGGUGGUUGGUAGUGUAAGUUGAGACUGAGAGUAAAUUAGUUUUGACAAUUUGUAACUAUCAUCCGAACAUGAUGGUAGCAAUGCUAACGCAAUGUCGCACAAUGUGAACGUUAGGUGCAAAGUGUAGAGAAGUAUAUGACGAAUGGUUGUAGCUAGGUUAAUGCCCAUAAUUUAUGAUAUGCUUGACUUAGAUCCCUUAGAUUCGAGAUUAUGUUGCCUUUUGCUACUGACCGUAUUUAUUUGAGCUCAAUUUUGACCGCAUACAGCGCAAUCUAUCAUUUGUAUUGACACGGUUGAU